AUGCAGCGCAGCGCGACCUCCACACAUGGAGGUGGGCUAUUUUCAAAGUUUGGGGGCACCAAGACACCAACUUCCACGAGGCCGACCACGAGUAGCGAAUCGACUGACACGCAUCUCGAGUCGACAAGCAGUUACCCAACGUCACGGACGAGUACAUUUGGGCGGGCAACGUCUUCUUCGUCCCACUCAAAGUCUCAGCGAAGUCGGAACAACUCCAUUUCUAGAAUCGCAGUCCCCAGUCUCUCCCCAGAAAAACGCGCCCAUUCUGCCACACGUUAUACAGAUUCCAGUCCCUUACCGGUCCGCGUGCCCAGUCGCCAGGAUACAGAAUCCUUGCCGAAGUCUGCGGAAAGCUUCAGACAGAGAGCUGCAGGUGCGGAAGCUGUGCCAGCUGCGCCGUCACGCCCUGCUUCGGUGGCAGAGUCCUUUACAUCUACGACUCCAUAUUCGAACAUGCUAGUCAGAGGAUCUACAAACCCAGCUAUGGGGUACAAUGGCCCAAUGCCAAUUACCACGCCUUUGGCGCCCCAGAGCCCGACAUUAGAGAAUAUCACAUAUCAGCAUAUCCAGGAGACGAGUUCGAAGAGAAUAUCUACUUUAGAUUAUUUGAGGAAAGCACACGAAGGAAGAGUAUACUGGUUCAAUACAUUAUUAUUCAACAAACCAGAUCUGCAACGAAUGCCAUACUUUGAUACCCGGAAACUCGCCCGGCGCGCGACUAAUUAUCUCCUACUAGGUCUCUCUAUCCCGACAGUAGUCGAUCUCAGUUCCCAAACCGCAAUAGAAUUCCUAAGAACCUUAAAUGCCCUUCUCUCCGAAUUCGAAUCAUAUCAGCAAAUACACCCUUCGGACGGAUCGACAUCGACAUCUUUAUCGCGGCGCGGCUUUCCACAAAUGUUCAAGAGGGCAACUACGAGUGGAAAUAAGGGACGAAGGACGAGUUCUGCGGCGGAAAUAGGGCUUCCGAUGGGCAACGAUUCAGCUGGAAUGAAAUCGGCCAAUGGAGGUGGUGGAGGAGAAGGCGGAAGUUUUCCUAUGGGCGAGACGGAGCUUCUCCCAGGAGAGGAGUACACAUACCUUUUAACCCCAUCAUUACCAUUCGAUCCGGAUUUCUACGAAACGUUUGCGACGCUGUGCGAUGUCCUGAUCGAUUGCUAUACGAAGCUUAUGAGCCUGGUGGCUUCACCCAAGGAGUGCAGCCCGGUUGUAGCCGAAAUGUUUACCAAGGCUGAUGCUAGAGUGAGGAAGAUUAUUGUACAGGGAGUGGUGAAAGAGUUUGAGGACAGCAGCAGGGCUGGUGUAAAAAGCGAGGUUGCUGGGGUGGGGAAAGUAGUUUUGGGCGGCUUGAUGUAA